CACUUAUAGUAUGAAGUCACAUGCGCCUAGAUCCACUCCUGAACUGUAGCUUACAGUUGACAGGUGCGUGGAAAGUGCUAGAAAAAAAGCAACCUGUGGAGACUCGCAGACAGGCACAAGAUAUACACUCGUUACAUUUACUGUAGUGGGCUCUGCUUAUUGUUCGCCGACUUCCUCAGAUUGAUAAUGCUCUGUCUAAGGCAUUUAGGAGCCAUCAGAGCUGGUGUUGCUCUCAUUAGACAAGCCGGGAAGUUGCCAAGCGGAAAUGGACAUUUGUUCCGAAGAAGCCUGAUUCGGAUGAUGCGCACGAGCGCAGCACUCACACAACACCCACGUCAUCAGCACGUGAUCCUGGACGCGGAGACAGAGAUGGACAGGAAGGGUGCAGGGUCUGGCCUGGAGGACCUCCUGUUUUACACGAUUACUCAAGGAGAGGACAAAAUCUCGGUGGGACGCUUCAUCAGUGAACUGGAGAGCACAGGAUUAUUGACUUCUGACCCUCGACUGAGGGACUGCAUGCAGCAGCUCCAUCAGGCAGUCCAUGAGUCUGCUGGGACAGCAAUGAUGAACCAAGAGCUCUUCAGGAAAUGUGCUGGCAGUAAUAUUAUCUUGCUCACUCAAGCCUUCCAGAAGAAGUUCAUCAUCCCAGAUUUCAUGACAUUUGCAUCCCAUAUUAACAAACUGUACUAUAAUGCACAAACUGAGCAAGGAGGCCAGGUAGCCAACUACAUUCCUCAACUUGCUAAAUUUAGUCCUGAUCUAUGGGGUGUGUCUUUGUGCACUGUCGAUGGUCAGAGGCAUUCUGUAGGAGACACAAGGGAACCGUUCUGUUUGCAGUCAUGCAUAAAGCCGCUGGAGUACGCUCUGGCUGUCCAUGAAUUUGGGACUGACCAUGUGCAUACAUAUGUGGGAAAAGAGCCCAGUGGCGUCACAUUUAACAAACUAAGUCUAAAUGAGGAGGAAAAGCCUCAUAACCCGAUGGUUAACUCAGGGGCCAUAGUGAUCAGCUCUCUUCUAAAGCCUGGAUUCAAGAAGGCUGAGAAAUUUGAUUAUAUGAUGGACUAUAUGAAGAGAAUGGCAGGUGGCGAGUAUGUGGGUUUCAGUAAUGCCACGUUUCAGUCAGAAAAAGAGACGGGUGAUAGAAACUUUGCAAUCGGUUAUUAUCUUAAGGAGAAAAAAUGUUUCCCUAACAAUUCAGACAUGGUAUCAGCUCUCGAUUUCUACUUUCAGCUGUGUUCCAUCGAGGUUACUUGCGAGUCAGGGAGUGUCAUGGCUGCCACUCUAGCUAACGGAGGAAUCUGUCCAAUCACAGGCGAGCGUGUGCUGAGUGCAGAGGCUGUGAGAAACACUCUCUGUCUCAUGCACUCCUGUGGCAUGAAUGACUUCUCUGGCCAGUUUGCUUUCCAUGUGGGCUUGCCAGCUAAGUCUGGAGUGUCUGGUGCCGUGCUUUUGGUAGUUCCUAAUAUCAUGGGAGUGAUGUGCUGGUCCCCACCGAUUGAUCGUGUGGGUAACAGUGUACGAGGCGUGAACUUCUGUCAGGAGCUGGUUUCUCUCUUUAACUUCCAUAAUUAUGACAACCUGAGACACUUUGCCAAGAAACUGGAUCCUCGCAGACAGUCUGGCCAUGAGAGGAACAAGGCUGUAAUUGAGCUGAUGUUUGCAGCAUACAGUGGAGAUGUCUCAGCACUCAGGAGGUUUGCUUUGUCAGCAGUGGAUAUGGAGUUGAGGGAUUAUGAUUCUCGGUCAGCUCUGCAUUUGGCUGCUGCAGAAGGUCAUCUGGAAGCUGUUAAGUUCUUAACAGGGACGUGCAGAGUGAACCCUCAUGUGAAAGACAGGUGGGGAAACACACCCCUGGAUGAUGCUGUGGAGUUUGGAAAGGACAAUGUGGUUGAGGUGUUAAAGGAAUACCAGAGCAUUUACUCCCACACCCUGAUGCCUGAGGAGAUCAGCACACAAGCCCACGGUGAGGCAGCAGUGGAUGCAGACGAUCUGGGGAACAUGGAGACUCUGGAGAGCAGUCAACAAACCUGAGUAAUGUAAUAAGACACAAGGAAAUGGUUAUAACAUGACUUAGGUGUGAUGGGAGUAAAUAGUACAGUGGCCCUGACGUCUUUGGAACUAUAAUUAUUUACCGAAACAUGGGCACAUUUUAAAAAAUGUCGGUAAAUUUGCUUGCUACUGUAAAUAUUCAGUAAAUAAUAGCUUAAUUUAAACAAUAACAUUGUAGCACUUGUUCUACCAAGGUUUAAUCCCAAAACCUUUCAUAAUUUAGAGUACAACUCCUGCCGUAAAUCUGUAAUAUGACAGUUACACUUAUGUAAGAGAUGAACUCUUUACAGAUAUGGUUUGUAGACUACCAUCUUUUCAAAGCACUCAGAUGUUGUAUAUUUGUUUGUAAAUACAUAUGUGGAUAUUUUUGUGUACAUUUAAUAAUACAGCAUGGUUGUAUUUAUAUUUUACAAAAUACGUACCCUCUUAUUUAUUACCUUAAGCACUGUAUGUAGGGUAUUAAGAAUCUCAGUCAAGAAGUUGCUGUUUCACUUUAUUUUGAUUCCUUUAGUGAAUUCUUAAGGGCUCUGUUUUGUUUGUACCCAAAUAUAUGUAAUGUAGUGUCAUGAAAGUAAUUGAUUUUAUACCCUCUGAAUGCUCAAAAAUAAAAUAAAAAUCAAAUUUUGAUUGACCAAA